AUGCCUACUGCUCACGAUUGGCCAAUUGCCUUCCCAUGCACCCAUACUAUUACCUGUGAACCCCCUGUCAUAUCAAACGGACAUGUAUCAGUCAUCAAAGCAGCCGUGUAUGGGUCAACUGUAACCUAUCAUUGUAACCAAGGCUUUGUUCUGGAUGGGAAAGGGAGCUCAAAGUGUAGUCAAAGCGGAACUGACAAUGUUUAUGGGAAAUGGACUGACCAGACGCCUGUGUGUAAAGCCAUAAGUUGCGACACACCAUUUUUACUGAAUGGACAAGUAAUAGCGGGUGGGCGAAGUACCCAUGACACGACAGUGAUCUUUAGAUGCGACGAAGGCUUCUUUAUCGAUGGAAAGACAAAUUCUACAUGCGUUCAUGAAGAUCCAAACAGCGCCAAGGGAAAGUGGUCAGAGCCAACGCCUGUUUGCAAAGGAAUUACCUGUGACCAACCCGUUCUACAGCAUGGUAAAGCAUCCACUGGUUCCUUACAAUAUAAUUCAACAGUAACAUACAGCUGCGAGGAGAACUAUUCUCUUACUGGGAAGGCAACGUCCACUUGCGUCCAGGAGAAUAAGACUAGCAUCAAGGGUGUGUGGGCAGAUCCAAUACCGAUUUGCACAGAAAUUGGAUUGGAGUCACCUUCGUCGACAUUGAAUUACGUGCAUGGAGACGUGGGAGGACGAACAAAUACGCGUGAUGAAUCAGUAUCAGCAAUGAACAUCGGAAUUGGUAUUGGCUGCGCGACAGUUGUUCUCGUCUUGGUAAUCAUUGGUAUUAUUUUGGCAAUUAAAAACAAAAGUCGAGAAAGCCCACCACAUGAAACACUCGAAGAAGAGCCCCCUGCCAAAUCCAAAGAAAGGGUCUUCCAGAAUCCACUUUACAAUAUAGAGGAAUGGAACGAAGGACAAAACGAAACAAGGGGCAGUUCUGAUGAGACGUUCCGCCUAGAUUUUGUUUGAGGAAAGUACACAACAUCAAAUUAUUCAGGAGAUUUAUAGCUGUGUUUCAGUUGGUGAUAAUCGAUUUACGUCACGCCAGUUUUCGACGUCACAGGACUUGGUCAGUGGCAAAAAUCCUUUGUACAUUUUUAGAGACAUAAUUUAUUUCUCAGAGGAGUUAAACCCGUUCUUCUGAAGGCAUCACAAUGAGAUUUUCACAGAUAGAUAAUAAAAAACAGAAUAACUGGCGAAAAAUAUCUUCAUUUAGUGCAUUCUAACAUUGAUAUUUUCUGGUAACGUACAUGGGGACGAAAAAUACAGACGAGGUACGCGACGUUGCCGAUGUUCACCACUGACUGACACUGAAGGUAUCGUGUGAAACAAAAUUGAUCAAAUUUCAGAAAACGUCUUGAAUUAGGCAUGUUAGGAAGUCCAUGUAGGGGAUGAACUUAUUAAUAACAGAUUUGAUGGCACAACAUUGAUUGUCAUGUUAAUUGGUCAAAUUUCAAAAUAACAUUUAAUUAAUCGAUAGUUGUUUGAUUGUUCUUGCACCUUGGCCUUUUUAUAUAGUCACCCAAUUACUAUAAAUACAUUAAUUAGCUUUAUCAGAUAUUUCUAUCAUGAUAUUUUCUCUAUAUCUUCUGGCAAAUAACUUGACUGUAUUAUUGUUUUGGGCUUUUCAAGUUAUGAAAUGAGAAUGUGGACAGGCUUUGUUAUCAAGUGAAAAUAUUAAAA